GGGAAGGCUUUCACAGUAGCCUAUCUGCUGAGUGGGAGAGAAGCAGAGGAGAGGAGUUGCAAAAAUACUUGGUUGUUUUAAUACGAAAAGGAUCGAAAUGGUUCUUCUGCUUUUAUGUAUGCUCUCGGUUUUGUCCGUGGUUUCCUCAUGUGAUCCAGAAACACAGUAUUUGAAGAAUAGUGAGUGUUGCAAUAUGUGUGGGCCAGGCACCAAGAUGUUAUCCAGCCAUAGUGGUUGUCUUGAUCCACAUUGUAUGCCAUGCCAAGAGGGUGAAUACCAGAAUGCAUUCACAGAGAAGACCCUCUGUAAACUGCAACCAUACUGCGACCCAAAUAAAAACUUUGAGCACAGUACCAAUAGGAACAAGACAAGCCUCAGCCCAUGCAAAUGUAAGACUGGAUACCACUGUUCCAGUGAAGAGUGCCUGACAUGUUUUCCACAUACUAAAUGCAGACCUGGAGAAGAGGUCAUUUCCAAAGGUAACCCCAUACAUGACACAGUGUGUCAGGCCUGUCCUUUAAACAUGUUCUCCAGUCACAGCUCUGCAGAGAGCAUGUGCAAGCUAUGGACAGUUUGUGAGUCUGGAUUCAACACUAAAGCCCAAGGGACAGCCACCUCAGACACGGUCUGUGUGCCAGGAUCCAUUUCCUCUGGAGCAAUAGCAGCAAUUGUAAUUGUCCUAGCUGCUUUGGUGGUUUUGGGCAUUGUCGUGUGGAAAUUUAAAGGUGAACUCGGAGAGGCCUUCAAGAAAGGAAAUGAAUCCUGUAUGGAUUUUAAUCUUAAGAGGGGAACUAAGAGGGCUACAGCAGAUGGAAAUGCAGAAGAGGGAAACGCGGAAGGACCUGAAGAGGGGAUGGAACAACUUCAACCUAUGAUCCAAGUUGAGCCACCAUCAACACAAUCCCCACAAUUACCAUUUUCUCAAAUACCAGAGGAGAGUGAAAUCGGGUCUUAUGCCGAAGCUAACGACAUGACAGAAAAUGGACAUUUGGUGGCGCAGGAGGAGGGUAAAGCACACCAUACUUCUGUUCCACAAGAUUACUAGUGACUUUUGUAUACGGCUUUAGAUCACAUGACCACCUGGCUUCACCUAUUGCUUAACAUGAUAAACAACAGCCAGGUUGAGCAUUAAUACAGUAGCAGUGUGUUGGAAAAUCACUGGGGAAGCCAAGACAGUAAAAAAGUCAUAUUACAACCUAUGUUGUGAUAAUUGCGUUGUUUGCUCUAUAACCCAUUUGUUCAUACACCACCAUGAUAUACAGUAAGGCUGUGACAACAAAAAGACAAGUCACACAGUGGUGGAAUAAAUUCCAUUGCACAUACAUUUGUUUAAUCACAAAACCGGAGUGCAACAUCUGUCCAAUGAGGUCCACAAUGAAAAAAUUGCACAUAACAAAGUUAUGUAUGUGCAAUGUUAAUGUUUUCGACAGUUUAGUAAACAACUACUGAUUUAGAACCACGGAAUUACCACAAGUCAGCACAAAGACAACAGGAGCACUGCCUCCUCUGU